AUGGAAUUUGUAAUAUGCAUGCAGUUUAUGAGUAAUAUGUUUAUAACAGGACUGAGUAUAUACAUUUGCUAUAUUUGUAAUUUUGAUUAUAAUGAUUAAAGAGAAUUAGAAUUUGAUGGCUGUGGGAUCAUUAUUUGGAUUGUCAAUUAUACUUGAAAUAAUGGUUAAUUCGAGAUUGGAAAACAACAAACUCAAAGUAAUUUUGAUCUACUUAAGUUUUUGUACUAAAUAUUUGGGUAUUUGGUUUUUGGGUAAUUCACCAGGAGUUAGCUUCUUACUUUAAGUAAUAAUGUGUUAAUCCUUGAAAUCUAAGAACAUUUUUGAUCAUAUAUUUUUAUAUGAGAUGAUUGGAAUGUUUGGUUUAAUGUUAAAUAUAUUUAAUCAAGAUAGAAUUGUUAUUGAGAAUGUAGCUAUAUUAACAAUAGAGUUAGUGAUAGCCAUUAUUUUUUUGAUUUAACUUUGUAAAAUGAUGAAUAAGAAUUACCCUGUGAAUAGAUAACAAAAUUUAAUUCAGAAUUAAGUGAUUAUUGAUAUGACAUCUAAUCAGAAAAUAAAAUAAGAUUACGAAGUUACCCCAAGUUAAUCACCAAGAUCAAACUUUUAGAAAUUAUUCUAAUCUAAUAAUUUCAUUAUUAUCAAGGAGAAUUUAGAAAUUCUGGAGAGUAAUUUUGAUCUUAAAAUUCAUUGGCUUAAUGAAUCUACUCCUUAAAAUAUUAUAUUAGUUGAAUAAUUUAUGUAAUUACAAGUAAUUUCUUCUAAUUUUGGAGAAAAUGAAUAAAUAUACAGUUUUAAAGAAUUCAUGCUUAAAUUUAAUGAUAAUAUCAAGACAUAAUUUAUAUCUUUGAUUAUAUUAAAGAGUCAAGUUUUUGAUUUAGAGAAUGUAACAUUAAACUUAAUUCCAAUUUAUCAUCCUGAUAGUUUUAACUUUAUUGUUUCAUUUUCAUAUUUAAGUCAAUUAUUGAUUAAGAAAUUAUAAGAUGAUAGUAGUAAUCAAGUAUUAAUGGAUAUUAGUCGAUCUUUAUCUCAUGAAUUAGGCACUAAUCUUAAUAGUAUAAUGGUUUUCUCAAGUUUGGCUUUGCAUGAUGAUGAAGUACCAGAAUCUGUUAAGUAAAAGUACAUUUCACCACUUAAAAUUAAUAGUGAGCAAUUAGGUUUAAUUGUAAGUAAUAUAAGAGAUUACAAUUUAAUAAGCUUGUAAUAAUUCAAUCUAAAAUUAGAGGAAUUUAACAUAAAUGAUGAAGUCAAAUAUAUUGAGACUCUAAUGAUUGAUAUUAUUAAAAAUAAGUAGAUUAAUUUAGUACAUGAUUAUUAAUUAAUCAAUGCUAAUAUUAUCAAUGAUAGAUAAAGAUUUCGAUAAGUAUAUUUUCAAUUUUUACAUAAUGCUGUUAAAUACACAACUACAGGUACAAUACGUAUUAAAAUUGAAACUAAUAAAUCAUAAUGUUAAAUAUCUAUAUAAGAUUCUGGACCUGGAUUAGUAUUAUAAUAUUUAUUAUUCAAUAUAGACUGAAGAAGAGAUGGCCAGAAUGUAGAAUAUUCUUAUUGGAAAGAAUUAAUUUGUAAAGAUUUCACCUCAUUCAGUUGGAAGUGGUUUAGGAAUUGGUAUUUCAAAUAGUAUAAUCAAAAGAUUAAAUGGUCGAAAUAUUCCUAUAAUUUGUGAUUAAAAAGAAAAAGGAACUAUUUUUACAUUCUUGAUCAAAAAUCAUUUACAUGAAAUUAGCAAUUAUGAUAAUAGGAAAUCUGUUGAACUCAGAUCUAGUAGAUCUAUCAUUAGACUUAUUUCAGGUAAUUCAUAUAUUGAAUCACCUUUCACUAAUUCAGUUAAAUUUAUAUUACCAUCUAUUAGUUAAAGCAGUGAUUCAAUAAAUUAUAAGAAUUCUCUUGUUGAAGAUGACAAUGUUCUUAGAUAACCUAAAUUAUUAUUAGUCUAAGAUCAAGGAUCUGUACCAAUAAGUGAGGAUGAAUUCUUAAUUAUUCAAGAACCAAGAAAUUUCAGUCCUAAAUUUUAAUAUGAAAUUAUUGAAUGCUCCAUAUAAAGUAAUUGUUGUGCAAGAGUAUUAAUUGUUGAUGAUGAGUACUUUAACAUAUUGAGUCUCUAGCUAUUAAUGCAAAAACAUAGAGCUAAAUGUGAUUAUGCAUAUAAUGGAAAAGAAGCACUUAAUAAAAUUAUGUAAAAAUUGGAAAUAGGUUGUCAUAUAUGUUAAAACAAAUAUUACAGUCUUAUUUUCAUAGAUAUAAAUAUGCCCAUUUUAAAUGGAUACUAGACAGUUAAGGAAAUAAAAAGUCUAAUAAAAAAUAAAACCAUUAGAAGAGCAUGGUGUGUUGCCAAUACUGGAUUUACAGAUCUAGAUACUAAGAUAUAGUCAUUCAAUUCUGGAAUGGACUACUUUCUCACAAAACCAUUGGAUGCAAAGAACCUCCAUGAGUUAAUUGUUUAAAUGUUUCCUCAACAAAAAUGA